UCAUCCCCAAUGAACAGCCCGGCUCUUCGUAGUCAGAUGGCUCCUCUGAUGGCACUAACGCACAUUAUUGCUUUAUUAUGGAUAAUGCCACCUAUCUGUGCGAUAGAAGAUGUGCUGAUGGACUCGAUGACAGCAACGGCAGAGCUGGGCUGGACGAUAUACCCAUCAGUAGGGUGGGAGGAGGUGAGUGGCUAUGAUGAGAACAUGAACACCAUCCGCACCUACCAGGUCUGCAACGUCUUUGAAGCCAAUCAAAACAACUGGGUGCGCACCAAAUACAUCCGGCGGCGAGGGGCCCAGCGCAUCCAUGUCGAGAUCAAGUUCUCAGUGCGAGACUGCAGCAGCAUCCCUAAUGUCCCAGGAUCAUGCAAGGAGACCUUCAACCUCUACUACUUCGAGUCUGACUCGGACACGGCCAGUAAAGUUUACCCUCAGUGGAUGGAGAACCCCUGGAUCAAGGUGGACACCAUCGCAGCCGACGAGAGCUUCUCGCAGGUGGACCUGGGUGGCCGGGUGAUGAAGAUUAACACGGAGGUACGCAGCUUUGGUCCUGUGUCUCGCAACGGCUUCUACUUGGCCUUUCAGGACUACGGCGCCUGCAUGUCGCUCAUUGCUGUGCGGGUUUUUUUCCGGAAGUGUCCCCGCGUUGUCCGGAACGGAGCUGUCUUCCCAGAGACUUUGUCAGGAGCAGAGAGCACUUCAUUGGUUGCAGCUAGAGGUACCUGCAUACCCAACGGAGAGGAAGUUGAUGUGCCAAUUAAACUUUACUGCAACGGAGAUGGCGAGUGGUUGGUUCCUAUCGGGCGCUGCAUGUGCAAAGCUGGACAUGAGACAGGCGAGAACGGCACUCUCUGCCAAGCAUGCUCCUCGGGAUUCUUCAAACCAUCCCAGGGAGAUCAGUCAUGUCAGCAGUGUCCUAUCAACAGCCGCACCACCAACGAGGGAGCUACCAGCUGCGUCUGCCGUGUUGGCUACUACCGCACUGAUUCAGAUCCUGCACAGAUGCCCUGCACAACCGUGCCCUCCGCCCCUCAGACAGUCAUUUCCAGUGUGAAUGAGACAUCCUUGAGGCUCGAGUGGAUUCCUCCUCGUGACAGUGGUGGCCGACAUGACCUAGUGUACAACAUCAUCUGCAAAAGCUGUGGCUCGGGCCGAGGAGCCUGCACACGUUGUGGAGACAACGUGCAGUUUGUGCCGCGGCAGCUAGGCCUCAUCGAGCCACGCGUGCACAUCAGCGAUCUACUCGCCCACACACAGUACACCUUUGAGAUCCAGGCAGUGAACGGUGUUUCUGACCAAAGCCCCUACUCGCCUCAGUUUGCCUCAGUCAAUAUUACAACUAACCAGGCCGCUCCAUCAAUGGUGUCCAUCAUGCAUCAGGUCAGCAGGACUAUCGAUAGCAUCACGCUGUCGUGGUCUCAACCAGAUCAGCCCAACGGGGUCAUACUGGACUAUGAGCUGCAGUACUAUGAGAAAAAUACUGCUGAAUUCAACUCUUCUACACUAAGGAGCCAGACAAAUACAGCUGUAGUUCGAGUCCUAAAGCCAGGCACCAUCUAUGUGUUCCAGGUGCGAGCUCGGACAGUCGCGGGGUUUGGACGCUUCAGUGGAAAGAUGUACUUCCAGACCAUGACUGAAGAGGAGUACGAUUCCAGCCUGAAGGAAAAGCUGCCACUCAUCAUUGGCUCUGCCGCUGCAGGUGUUGUUUUUCUCAUCUCAGUCAUUGUGCUCAUCAUCGUCUGCAACCGGAGAGGCAAUGACAGGACAGAAUCUGAGUUCACAGACAAGCUCCAGCAUUACACAAGCGGCCAUUUGUCACCAGGUAUGAAGAUCUACAUCGAUCCCUUUACAUACGAGGAUCCUAAUGAGGCAGUACGAGAGUUUGCCAAAGAAAUAGACAUGUCCUGUGUGAAGAUUGAGCAAGUUAUUGGUGCAGGUGAGUUUGGGGAGGUUUGCAGCGGAAAUCUGCGCCUGCCUGGGAAGAGAGAGAUCCUGGUAGCCAUUAAAACGCUGAAGUCUGGCUACACUGAGAAGCAGAGGAGGGACUUCCUGAGUGAAGCCAGCAUCAUGGGUCAGUUUGAUCACCCCAACAUCAUCCACUUGGAGGGCGUAGUGACAAAAAGCUUCCCCGUUAUGAUAAUCACCGAGUUCAUGGAGAAUGGCUCACUGGAUUCCUUCCUUAGACAAAACGAUGGGCAGUUCACUGUGAUUCAGCUGGUCGGCAUGCUGAGAGGCAUUGCAGCUGGCAUGAAGUAUUUAUGUGAUAUGAACUAUGUGCACCGAGACCUGGCUGCCCGCAACAUCCUGGUCAACAGCAACCUGGUGUGCAAAGUGUCUGACUUUGGGCUUUCUCGCUUCUUAGAGGAUGACACAUCAGACCCUACAUACACCAGUGCCCUAGGAGGAAAGAUUCCCAUCCGGUGGACCGCUCCAGAGGCCAUCCAGUACAGGAAGUUCACCUCAUCCAGUGAUGUGUGGAGCUACGGUAUCGUCAUGUGGGAGGUCAUGUCCUACGGAGAGAGACCAUACUGGGACAUGAGCAAUCAAGAUGUGAUUAAUGCUAUAGAGCAGGAUUACAGGUUGCCUCCUCCUAUGGACUGCCCCAAUACAUUACAUCAAUUAAUGCUGGACUGCUGGCAGAAGGACAGAAACAAUCGGCCUAAAUUCAGCCAGAUCGUGAACACCCUGGACAAAAUGAUCCGCAACCCUAAUAGCCUGAAAGCCACCACCCCACUUUCUUCCGGCGUACACCUACCUCUGCUGGACCGCAGCACUCCAGACUUCUCCAGCUUCAGUAGCGUGGAUGAGUGGUUGGACGCUAUCAAGAUGGGCCAGUACAAGGAGAACUUUGCCAGUGAGGGCUUCAGCUCCUUCGACGCCGUUUCCCAAAUGACUCUGGAUGACAUCCUACGAGUGGGAGUCACUUUGGCCGGCCACCAGAAGAAGAUUCUCAACAGCGUGCAAAUGAUGCGAGCUCAGAUGAACCAAAUCCAAUCGGUGGAGGUUUGACCCUCAUUCUUAGAGGCUCUCAGACUGACUCCCUCCUCCACCAGCCCCCUGGCUUCAGAGUUCAGCUGCAGUCCUUCCUGUGGAGAUUUCCCCGGCAUAGUAGGUCCUCAGGAGGGACUCCCACACAGCAAACACCCCCUAAAAUCCACCAGCACGCAGCAGACUGGAUGGAGUCGGACAGCGAUGUCUGGAGGCCCACACAUGUACUGUACUAUUACAGUGGUGAUGAUUUUAAUUGUAACAUCAAAGAGAAUAACGAUUAAAGGAUUCAAAGGGAGACAUUGAUCAUCACCAGUGUCUAGUUUUGUUAGAUUAUAUAACCCUUUAAUAGGGAAAUAAGUAAAAUCCAAACAGUUCUGUUAUUUAUAGCGGUACUAGUCUCAUGAUAAAACCUUUGAGACAGAGAAAGUAUAAAGCUUAGCGUGGCAGAGUAACAAGAGGAGAGAAAGAUGAAAAUGGACCAUGGACUAAUGGCACAAAAAUGAGCCUCUUAUACUCCUGCUGAUGCCAUAUGGUAAGGAAGGAUCCAUGUGGCAACCCAAGAGGAGUAAUGUAGAAAUUGUGAAAAUUAGUGACAAACGAGUCUGGAUUUUUUUUUUAUUAUUAUUAUUUUUUUUUUUUUCAAAUAUUAUGGUGAUAUUUUUUAUUUCUCCUUUUUUCUGGAUUUCAUUUUGGAUAUAUACUCAAUGGCAACUUUAUUAGGAACACCAUACUAAUACUAUGUAAAAGCUCUCAAAACAGCCUCAAUUCUCCAUAGCAUAGAUUCCACGAAGUGCGUGUCGUUUAACCGUAACGACUCGACCCAAGUGCUGUACAUAACAUCAUGUAAUGUCACAUUAAACCACAUAAUUAGACCUAGAAUAAAAACCUUUAAAAUGGCUAAAGAUGAAGCAGUUGUUGGAAAGUGCUGGAAACAUUUCUUUGAUAUCCUGAUGACAUGACUGCUUUACAUAAUUGCUGAAAAUGUGUGAGCUACAUUCAUGCUGCUAAUCUCUCGUUCUACCACAUCCCAGAGGUGUUCUGUUCGAUUCUGUUUGAGCUGAGGAAUAAGGAUACCACUGAACUUCAGUGAACUCGUUGUCAUGGUUUUGGAGACCGGUUCAGACAAAUUGUUCUUUGUUAGUUAGAUGGCUCAUUAUCAUGGCAUUCAGUUGAUGCUGGAUGGAAAUUAACGAGCCCAAGAAAGCAAUUCCCACAUCAUUACACCAACACCACCUGGAACUGUUGACAUAAAUGCAGUCCAUGCAGCCAUGUUUUUGCACUGCAUUUUUAGCCUACUAACUAUCUAUAUCUCAGAAAAGAAUUAAAUUUACCUCAUGUUUUUUAUCCAAAGAGACUUACAGCUACAGUAAGAGAGAAUACAACUGUGCAGUUAAGGGUUAAGGGUCUUUCUCAAGGGCCCAACAGUAAUGCUGAGAUUUGAACUAAUGACUUUACAUUCAGUUGUCUAGUACCUUAAUCGCUGAGGUAUCGCUGCCCAAUAGUCACUGCUUAUCAUUGUAUCAUUGUACAGUAGCCUUAGAUUUCUAUCCUGGGCUAAAAGAAGUGGAAUUUGAGUUGACUAUCUGCCAGAGGUGGGAGUAAGUCACACAUGUACAAGUCACAAGUAAGUCUCAAGUCAUGAAUGUCAAGUCAAAGUCAAGUCGAGUCUUUUUUUAAUAUUUAUCAAGCAAGUCUCAAGUCUCAAAUUUGCGACCUAAGUCUGACUGAAGUCAAGUCAUAUGACUCGAGUCCCCCAUCUCUGCUAUCUGCUGUUGUAACUUUCAUUAUCAAACUAGUCUAGGCUUUCUCAUCAACAUGGCUUUUUUUUUUGCGUUUGAAAAUCCCAGGACAUCAGCAGUUUCUAAAAUACUCAAAACAACGGGUCUGGUUCUAUCAACUAUGCUAUGGUCAGUGUCCCUGAACUCACAUUUUAUUUCCGUUGUGAGAUUUGAUGUGAAGUGUAACUGAAGCUCUUGGUCUGAGCUCUUGGUCAUGAUUUUAUGCAUUACAUUUCUGCGACAUAAUUGGAUGACUGGAUAAAUAAAUGAACUGUACAGGUGUUCCUAAUUAAGUGGCCAAGUAAGUGUAUAUUUAUUUAUUUUGUCUUUUUUAACAAACAGUGUAAUAAUCCAAAUAGCUAUUUCCGGUUGAAGUACCACAUGCACACAUAUCACAGGAACUUUCUGACUUCAUCACCGACUCCGAUUAAAGCUGAAGUUACUUCUCAGCAGCCUGAAAUAGUUCAGAUGUUAAUUUCCGUUUUCUUUUCUACCUGGUGUUAAUACAAUAUGUGCACCUUAGUGACAAAGUUAAACGUUUCCUUGAUUUCUUCUUUUCCCUUCUUUUAUGCGUUUUCAUGAAAAAUCAGACAGAAAUGAACGUGUACAGCUGAUUGGGUGCUGUUGAAUCUGAACACAUCACGCAUCACUUUUUCAGUUGGCUUCUAGAAAUCUCGCUUUUUUGUAAUGAUAAAACAUUGUGAGUUAAUAAAAAUGAUAUGUACAUUAGGCAGUAUAGUAUAGAGCAGUUCAUCUGCAUAGUGGCGUGCCGGAGUUAUGGCUGUCUUGUAUACAGGUGGUGUGUCAACUCAUCAUGGUUGUUUGAAAUCAUUCGAAAAAUGUCUUCUCAUACCUCUACCGAUUUUUUCACCAGCCAUCCUGGGUUUUUAUAUAACGUCUACAUAUGGUAGAAUUUCACUUAACGGUUUAUUAAAGUGAGUCUUAUUCAGUCGGUAAUCAUGUAUGACACGAAACGAUCUUUACUGGUAUGACUUGUCAAUCAAUCAUUUGUUAAUUAAUGAAUUCAUUUGUACAAUAGUAUAUAACCCAGUUCAAUCUCUUUGUUGUAAAGUACAAGAUUUACAAGUUUUUUUAUUUUAUUUAUUUGAAGUUUCAGCUUUGACAGAUGUUUCUAAAUACUGCACAUUUCUAACAGGAACCCUAACUCCAGUCGUUGAGUUUUCAGUGUGACAAUCACGUCUUCUCCUUUCAACUCAGUGUGCUUCCUUUCAUUUAGUAAUCCAGUCUUCCACUUUUCACUCACGUUCUUCUUUGUUUGGUUACAGAGUUCAUAGAGAUGUGGCAUUGUGCUAUACAAGUGAAAUGUUUGGGAUUUUUGCUGUAUUUUCUUUUCUUUAUCUUAAAGACUGUAAUGACAGAAAUGCAAGGAUCAAAACAACAACUCUCAGGCAUGUCUGUGAUGUUUUACAUGCACCCAUUUGCUCUUUGUAUUCAUGGUGCACAUUUCUGCCUUGUUUGGACCAAACUUUGCCAUCUUGUAUUACUGAGAAAAGAAAGGGAAAUUAAAUGAAUCGAUCAA